AUGGAAAUUUUUGAAAAUUUUGAAGAGUACCAAAAUUACUGGGAGACCAACAAGUUUUUGAAUGAAGAGCUUAAUUAUAGCUGGGCAACGGAGGAUCUACAAUUUAAUCUGGGGUACCAUGAUUCGAGCUUGCCGGAUGGAGCUGCUUCAAGUACAAUAGCCCCUAAAGCUGUUGUUUCAGAGAGGAACAAGAGGAAGAAGCUCAAUGACAAGCUCUUAGCACUUAGAGAAGCAGUUCCCAAAAUCAGCAGAUUGGAUAAGGCUUCCAUAAUCAAAGAUGCUAUUGAGUACAUCCAAGAUUUGCAAGAACAAGAGAGGAGACUUCAAGCUGAGAUAAUGGAACUUGAAUCCGAGAGAUUGAAGAACAAUCCUGAUUUUGAGCAAGAGAUACCAGUCUUGUCAAGAUCAAAGAAAACAAAACAUGACCAAACUUAUGAUCAUAGAUUGGCCAGAAGUUGUCCUGUUGAAGUUCAUGAAGUAGGUUACUCUCUGCAUGCAUGCUCUUGGCGUGCCUGA